ACUCCAAAGCCAAACUUCAGGACACACGAAAAAAAAAAGGGGGAGAAGAAAAUGUCACAACAUUUUCUGUUGCUGCUUGAGCUAGAGCAGCAACUGAAGUCAUAUCUCAUCAUUCCUUUCUUUUUCUCCAUCCUUUCCUUCUUCCUAGCCCUCUUCCUGAUAUCCAAACUCCGCUCCUCCACCUCCCCCACCACCCAAAAAAGGCCACCACCUUCACCACCAAAGCUCCCAGUAAUAGGCAACCUCCACCAACUGGGCUUGGACCCCCACCUCUCCCUCCGGUCGUUAGCCGAGUGCCACGGCCCCCUCAUGCUGCUCCGCUUUGGCGGUAUGCCCGUGCUCGUCGUCUCCUCAGCAGCUGCAGCCCGCGAGAUCAUGCGAACCCAUGACGCAGUCUUCUCCAACCGACCCGAAACUGCUAUCGGCAGAAGGCUCCUCUAUGGCCGCAAGGACGUGGUGCUGGCCCCUCACGGCGAGCACUGGAGGCAGAUGAGAAGCAUUAGUGUCCUCCACCUACUCAACAACAAGAUGGUGGAGUCCUUUUGCAGUGUGAGAAAUGAAGAGGUUGGUUUUCUAGUUGAGAAGAUAAAAAAGGCUUCUCCAUCGCCGGUGAAUUUGAGCGAGAUGUUCGUGUCGUUCACGAGCGACUUGAUAUGCAGGGCAGCUCUGGGGAGGAAGUACAUUGAAGGGGAGGAGGGAGCAAGGAAGUUUCGGGAGCUGUUUAGGGAGUUUGUGGAGUUGUUUGACGGGUUCAACGUGGGGGAUUACAUCCCAUGGCUUGCUUGGGUGAACAAAGUUAAUGGGUUUGAUGCAAAAGUGGAGAAGGUGUUUAGGGAGUUCGAUUCCUUUCUAAAUGGGGUAAUUGAGGAGCAUGUGGAUCGUCAAAAAUCAGCAGGUAAGGACAGUGGGAGGGCUAAGGAGGAUGAUGACGGAUCUCGGAAGGACUUUGUGGAUGUUUUGCUUAGCAUACAAAGGGACAAAAACUCUGGGUUCCAAAUUGAUAGCGACGGCAUCAAAGCUCUUGUCUUGGAUGCUUUUGCCGGGGGAACCGACACAAGUUUCACAACCUUGGAAUGGGCUAUGUCAGAGCUUAUAAAGCAUCCCAGAGCAAUGAAUCAAGUCCAGAACGAGGCGAGACGAAUCGCCAGCGGCAAAUCAUACAUCACCGACGACGGUUUGGACAAAAUGCACUAUUUGAAAGCAGUGAUUAAGGAGACCCUUCGCUUACACCCGCCGGCUCCGUUACUGGUUCCGCGCGAGUCCACCCAAGAUGUAAAGGUGAACGGCUACGACAUCAGCGCCGGCACAAUGGUCAUCACCAAUGCUUGGGCAAUCGGAAGAGACCCGGCGUCGUGGGAAGCACCGGAGGAGUUCCGACCGGAGAGGUUCUUGAACAGCAGCGUGGAUUUCAAAGGGCAGGACUAUGAACUGAUUCCGUUCGGGGCGGGACGGAGAGGGUGCCCGGGGAUCUCGUUCGCCGUCGCCGCCGUGGGCGUUGCAUUGGCAAAUCUGGUGUACAGGUUCGACUGGUCGUUGCCCGGUGGGGUAAAAGGAGAGGAUUUGGACAUGACAGAGCGCAGUGGCGUUACCAUUCAUAGGAAGUUUCCUCUUCUUGCAGUUGCUACUAGCAAGUAACAAUCCAUGAUGGAGUUACGUAGUGUGGUAAUGGUAAUGGCAAUGAUAAUGGUAGAUGGCACCAUGUCCAUGAGGGGGAUCCCCUUCAUUUUCGUUUCGAUCUGGGUUUAGUUUUAUGUUUGUUCCAAAUUUCGAAUGUGUCAGUAUAUAUUGUAUCUGUAUUAGAAAUGUCUCGUCAAGAUAUUUGUCAUAUAAGACUACGCUCUAAAUAAUGAAAUGCAUAAAAAUUCACCAAU